UCAACAUAUACCAAAUUGUGUUAAGAUUCAGAAUGCAGCUACUAGGGUCCAUAACCCAUUUAAUUUUCUUCAUAAUCUCGGCUUACAUUUUCCAUGGGAUUGUCGAUGGACAUCAAGCAACAUUCUAUAUACACAAUAAAUGUCCCUUUCCAAUAUGGCCUGCAACAGCACCAAACACUGGUCAACCAAUUAUAGCAGAUGGUGGAUUCUACCUUCCUUCAGGCCAAACAAAGAAAAUUCUAGCACCAUGGUCAUGGAGUGGUAGAAUUUGGGCUAGAACAGGUUGCAAUUUUGCUUCAAAUAAUUGGAAACCAUCUUGUGAAACUGGGGAUUGUGAUGGAAGAUUAGCUUGCAAUGGACUCAUUGGAACACCUCCAGCUACAUUAGUUGAAAUCACACUUCAAGGUGAUAAAGGGAGACCAAAUUUCUAUGAUGUUAGUCUUGUUGACGGUUACAACAUUCCCGUGUCCGUCGUCGUCCCUAACAAGAACAUAAAUUCGAAGUGUAACAUUCAGGGUUGUUUUAAGGAUGUUAAAAGUUUGUGUCCUCGUGAGCUUGAGGUUUUGAAUUCUAAUGGAGAAGUUGUGGCUUGCAAAAGUGCCUGUUUGGCUUUUGAUCUUGACAAUUUUUGUUGUAGGAAUGAUUAUGGAAGUCCUAAGAAGUGUAGGCCAAAUGUUUACUCGAAAAUAUUUAAGGAUGCUUGUCCUAAUUAUUUUAGCUAUGCUUUUGACACUCCUACUCCACUUGUGAGUUGCGGAUCCUUAGAAUACAUAAUCACAUUUUGUCCUCAAGGAUGGGGUGGUGCUGCUGAUGUGUCGACAAUUCAGAUUGACGGUGUAUCUGAUGUUUGACAUGUGUUAGUGUAUGAUACAGUCACAUAUUAUUACAUUCAAUUAUUUUAUUUUUUAAAUUUUAUUAGUGUCGACUUGUCAGUGUUAUGACACGUGUCUGUCUCAGUGUGAAGUGUUUACCACAUUUGUCCUUAUGGAUGGGGUGGUGCUGCUGGUGCGCCAACAGUUGAGGUUGACGACAUGUCUGAUGUCUUGCGCGUGUUAGUGUUUGAUAUUGUCAUAUGUGGUUACAUAUUAGCAUAUGUGAUUACAUUCAUUUAUUUUAUUUUCUCAAAUUAUUAUUGGUAUUUACAUAUCAAUGUCAUGUCACGUGUCUUGCUUUA